AUGAUUAGGUGCAUGGAAGAUUCUGACAUUUUUUGGUAUUACUCCCUUAGAUAUAAACCAAUGAUGGCCCCGGAACCUUUACAUAUUGUGCCAGAUAACAUCUUAUUACAUUUGUACACGCGAUUUCUUCUUAAUAUUCCCGAUGAGUUGAAAGAAGAUUGUGCAAAGAAUUUCGUAAGAAUCUUUUUUGAAGUUGAGCGGGCUCAUUGGUUUUAUGUCGAUUAUUGUAUUGAAGAUCCUUCAGUUGGUGGUGUUGAUAUGUUCGGACUAACUCAACAAUUAUUUGAGAAGUUUCCUUCUAUUGUCCCCAGGGGUAUAAACUGGCAAGAAAAGUUUGUCGAAUGGAAGAAAUACCGUGGAUCCACAGCUACUGGGAGCAUGAUAAUUAUUGACGAACAUUACAAGAUGAUCUUGUUAGUCCAAGGAUUUUAUGGCAAUCGUUGGAGCCUACCUGGUGGCAAAAUUAAUCAAGAUGAAUCUCUUGUUGAUUGUGCUUCUCGUGAAGUAAUGGAAGAAACGGGUCUGGACUUAGCAAAUCGUAUCUUACCGUCCCUCUAUAUUGAUCGUUAUAUUGGUGGUACUUUAAGACGAGCAUUCAUUGUUGAAGGACUUCCCAGGACUUCUCGGUUGAAGCCUGGUACAAAAAACGAGAUUGAGGCUAUAACUUGGUUUGGGAUUGCUGAUUUGCCAGCACAUAUACAAGAUAUUACUACUAUGGAAAAAUUGAAUUCAAGACCGAACAACUUCUACCUGGUGAUCCCAUUUAUUCGGCAACUGAAACUGUACGUAGAACAACGACUGUCGGGCAAACCACCUGGUUUAGCGUUAUCUGAAUCAGAACGCCUUUGUGGUAAUUCUAUGAAUUAUUCUGUUAAUCUUCAACACAAUGCAAUAAACAGUCUGUCAAAUAUGAAAGUGAAUGCAACCAGUACCCCGUCCAAGAAGCAAAAAAAGAAUAAGAAAUCAAACACGUCAAAAAGUCCCAAUCAAUCUUUAUCUGAGGAUGGAAAAACUGGUGAAAAAUCGAGAAAUCGAACGAGUUCUAAUGUCGCUUGUAACUCCGAAUUUAAGAAGUGUGGGAAACACAAUGCCAAUUUUUCUUUCGUGUCAAUAGUGGACGGGAUGAUUGAGAGCAACUCUAAUAAUAAUAAUAAUAAUGUUGAUACUGGUUUACAAAUGGUGUCGUAUUGGCAAUCUUUUCAGAUUGAUAGAAAUAAGUUAUUAGAAUGUUUAUGUAAUAGUGCAAAGUGA